GACAUGUUUUUUCCCUGCCAUAGAUUAAGCUGUUGAUGAGUUUAGCACGGCUUGUAUGAUGAAAUCGGAUCGGCGAAUGGAUAACAGAUGUCAAUAUUUCAUGAAAGAAUUCAUAAGUUUCUUUUUUUGGAGAACAGUCUCUUUCUGCGGAGGCCUUGAAAGACAAGAAGUUAAAAUAGUUGUGGUAGUACUGGCUAUCCUCACUGGGAAAAUCAUUGCCGCUCCAGCCUCAGAAGAGCACGCUAAACUUGCCAGCAAGUCGAGAAACGUACGCCAAACAGGUCAUGAAAGGUGUCCGGAGAAAGACCAGAGAAAGCUGGAAGGUGUGCACACGGACUGCCCGUGGUAUUAUUGUGUGAAUAUAGAUGAGAAUAGGUUACCUGUAUAUAUAAACGUCGCCAUGUGCCUGAACAGCAACGAAUUCUCGCCAGGAUUUCAAUGCGAGCGUGUCCUGUACAACAUGGAAGUACAUCGCAAAAGUCCCGGCGACGGAGAGAACGGCUUAAUAAAAUCCCACCAAAGCAUUCCCGUUGCUUGUGUGAAAACAAACUUGGUCCGUAAAUCUUCCAACGAAAGAACCACAACGGAAGAUGAAGAAGACCAUCCGCCACCAAUGAUAGACUAGGUCAAUUAGUGUCACCCAGAGAGAGAGAGAGAGAGAGUACACAACAAUCUUUCAAGGGCAUGAAAUGAAAAGGCAUUAAAAUAAAGGCUCGUGGUGAAAAUUACCAUGCAUAUCUUCAUUCCACAUAAAUUAUAAAAAGAUAAGAAAAAGGGGCAGAAAGUGAGCUGAAAUGGUAAAUGUGAACUGCAAAUGUGUAAAUGAAUGUAUAUAUGUGUGUGUGUGUGCGUGUGCGUGUGUUCAUUCAUUAUACUUUUAAUGAAUAGAUCUGUUGUGAUAUUUAAUUGUUAUGUGUAUUUUUUACCGAUGUCAGCAAGUAUCUCACGUAUAUAUCCUAGGAAACUUCAGGAUAUAAAAUAUUUUUGACGUUUUUGUAUUUUGUAUACACUUUUGUAUUUGAUAAGUGAAUGUUUACCCAAUUUAAUAAUCACAUGUAUGUCUAAAGGCCAAGCCAU